GCGCCCGCCUGAGCCCCGGCCCGGCCCGCUGGCUGAUGCGGCCCCCCGCUGGACCCCUGCGCAGGCGCCCGGCGGCCCCCGGCAGGUCCCCCGCGCUGCCGCCCGCCGCCGUCCCGUGCGCCAUGCAGGCGCGGGCGCUGCUCCUGGCCGCGCUGGCCGCGCUGGCGCUGGCCCGGGAGCCCCCGGCGACGUCGUGCUCGGCGCGCUGCGACGUCUCUCGGUGCCCGAGUCCCCGCUGCCCCGGCGGCUACGUGCCCGACCUCUGCAACUGCUGCCUAGUGUGCGCCGCCAGCGAGGGCGAGCCCUGCGGCCGCCCGGUCGACUCGCCGUGCGGGGACAGUCUGGAGUGCACGCGCGGCGUGUGCCGCUGCCGCUGGGCGCACGCCGUGUGCGGCACCGACGGGCACACCUAUGCCAACGUGUGCGCGCUGCAGGCGGCCAGCCGCCGCGCGCUGCAGCUCUCCGGGACGCCCGUGCGCCAGCUACAGAAGGGCGCCUGCCCGUCGGGUCUCCACCAGCUGACCAGCCCGAGGUUCAAGUUCAACUUCAUCGCCGAUGUGGUGGAGAAGAUCGCGCCGGCCGUGGUCCACAUCGAGCUCUUCCUGAGACACCCACUGUUUGGCCGCAACGUGCCCCUGUCCAGCGGCUCGGGCUUCAUCAUGUCGGAGUCUGGCUUGAUCGUCACCAACGCCCACGUGGUGUCCAGCACCAACACCGUCUCAGGCCGGCAGCAGCUCAAGGUGCAGCUGCAGAAUGGGGACACCUACGAGGCCGCCAUCCAAGACAUCGACAAGAAAUCCGACAUCGCCACCAUCAAGAUCCACCCCAAGAGGAAGCUCCCCGCACUGCUGCUGGGCCACUCGGCUGACCUGAGGCCCGGGGAGUUCGUGGUGGCCAUCGGCAGCCCCUUCGCCCUGCAGAACACGGUCACCACCGGCAUCGUCAGCACGGCCCAGCGGGACGGCAAGGAGCUGGGCCUGCGCGACUCGGACAUGGACUUCAUCCAAACGGACGCCAUCAUCAACUACGGGAACUCCGGGGGACCCCUGGUGAACCUGGAUGGAGAGGUCAUCGGCAUCAACACGCUCAAGGUGGCGGCGGGCAUCUCCUUCGCCAUCCCCGCCGACCGCAUCGCCCGCUUCCUCACCGAGUUCCAGGACAAGCAGGUCAAAGACUGGAAGAAGCGCUUCAUCGGCAUCCGGAUGCGGACCAUCACCCCGAGUUUGGUGGAAGAGCUAAAGGCCAGCAACCCAGACUUCCCGGCUGUCAGCAGUGGAAUUUAUGUGCAAGACGUUGUUCCAAAUUCCCCUUCUGAGAGAGGCGGCAUCCAGGACGGCGACGUCAUCGUCAAGGUCAACGGGCGCGCCCUGGCCGACUCGAGCGAGCUGCAGGAGGCGGUGCUCACCGAGUCCCCUCUGCUGCUGGAGGUGCGGCGCGGCAACGACGACCUGCUCUUCAGCAUCGCGCCUGAGGUGGUCGUGUGACGCGGGGCCGCGCCCAGCCGGAGCGCGCAGGGAGCACCCCGGGGCCUCCGGGCGCAGCCGCGCGUCUCCCUCCGGGCCGGGGCCAGGACGCGGGACCGCGUCGGUCCUCAGCAGACCCGGCAGCGCCCUCCGGGGCGGCCCAGGGGGCCCGACCCUAGCCUGGGCUGGUGGCGAGUCCCGAGAUCGGGGCCCCCGCGGGGCACGAUGUCCCCUUGUAUAACCCAUCCCAAGGGUUGCCUGUCAGGGCACGGAUGCCUGGAAACUCCUUCUGGGGCUCCCGGAAAGCCAUCCUCCCCCAUCUUCCUGCCUUUGCCCCUGUUGAUAUGUCCCUCAGAGAUGCCCCUGCCCGUGCCCCACCCUCCCCACAGCCCGCCUCACCACCUGGGCCUCAGGUCCCAAGUUUCGCCCUCUGGGAGCCCCCUGAACCCCUGAAUAGCUGUCCUGGUCCCCAUGACCCCGUUGUGUGACCAGGGCUGUCCGCCCUACCCAACUGGAGUCUCCAGACAGGGGAGCCCUUCCCGACUCCUCUUUGGUGCCAGUGAAUGGCCCCAGGGACCCCCGAGUUCUGCCGGUCCCCCCCCUCCCCGAGGGAACGAGGCUGAAGAGAGGGGAGCAGGUCCCUCCUAGACACGAGCCUGGGGCCAGCGCCAAGGAAGCUGGACCUGCAGGGGCUGCAAGGACUGAGCCGGCUUCACCCCCACCCACACCCUGCACAGGUCUGGGAUGGAGCACCCCAUUCUCUCAGCGGCCCCCAGGAGCCUCGGGAGGUUCCUGGGGAGGCACCUGCUCUCUCCGGUGGGGGGACGUGGGUGUCUGGAGGUCUGUUUGUGAGCUUUGCUGUAAAGUCCAUUCACCGUGUUGCUUGUACUGUAUGUUUCUCUACUGUAUGGAAAUUAAAGUUUUGAAGCAAAUGA